AAUACGCCGAUUCUCGCAGGCGCGUGUUUUGUUUGAAUUGACGCCUCGUUUUCCUCUCCCUCGAUCUGUCUCGUUGCCUGGACACCGCUGACUAUCUGCUAGAGUACUCCUGACGAGGAAGAGCGGAAGUUGCUGAGGCUGUGACGUGCAUACGCAAACGGACGUAAAUACUUACAAGUCGGUUUGCUGUGCCGCCUAAGGACCAGUUCAGCCUGGCACCGCUCUCGCUGUCUCUCUCUGUCUCGCACACGUCGGAUGCAACUCGCGCAAACCGCUGGUCAUAGCAGCCUCAACCCGCCUGUCUGUCGACGGACUCAUUUUUGACUCUGCUCUAUUUGUGUUGCGAGACAGAUCGCGAUAACCAUCUGCCGUACCCGUGCUCCUGCCGAGGGUUUAUUGAUAUUCCGUCCAAACUCAACUGCUUGCUAUCCAUAUCCCCGUUCCGUCGCUACGCAAGCACCCGUCUUAUUAUUUCACUCUGGCGCUGUCCUCGCAACCGCAACCGGGCCCGUCAGCGUCUUCCUCGUCCCGUCGCCACCGUCCCUUUGCUCUUCUCGCUGCCGUCGCUUUCCGUGGUAAGCGUACUCGAGCGACUAGCUUUAGCUACCCUGCAGAACCAGAAUCUGUCAAUCAGCAGCAGCAGUGUGAUCAGGGACACGACCGAGAUCCUUCGCCUGUUCGCACUCCGCCAUCAGACGCCCAGAACAAGCGUCAUCGCCGACGCUUUUCCCAACAGCUACCGAUUACGCGCCGCCAGGACGUGCUCGCCCCCGCCCUUCCUGCUCCCGUCAUUCCUGCUUCCUCUUCCGCACCUCCUCAAACAAGUGAUAUCACCACGGACGCAGUAGUAGGCUUUAAGAUGAUUCACGCCACGCAUGUGCCGCAUUCUGGCUCUGGUACUGACCUUCCUAGAGAUGGUGCCGCUUCUCCCCCACCUCCGCCUCUCGCGAGUCUCAAGUCGUGGUGGAGCCAGUUUAAGCGGACGAAGGGUAUUCCUGGUGCUGUGGGUCAGAAGGAGCUUCAGCCUGGAUAUGGGUAUGGGUAUACCAGUGUAAAAGACGACGGUCCUCAUCCUGUUUUUGGCGCACCAUUACACGAGAGCCUCAAGUAUGCUGCCGUACAGAUAUCAACAGCUAACUCAAAUGGCGAACUGUACGUGUGGGGUGAUAUUCCUGUUGUCGUCGCAAAAUGUGGGUUAUAUCUCAAGGAAAAUGCGACGGAGGUAGAGGGUACAUUCCGCGUGAGCGGUUCGAAUAAGCGCAUGCGCGACCUGCAAGCGCUCUUUGAGACGCCACCUAAAUAUGGGAAAAACUUAGACUGGAAGAAGGAGAAUUAUACGCCGCAUGACGUUGCGAGUGUCUUCCGGCGAUACCUUACGCAAAUGCCGGAACCUGUUAUACCUUACAACUUAUACGGCAAAUUCCGGGAAGCACUUACGAAGAAGCUAUCAACGGAUGAGGUCAUCAAGGCGUACAAGCAGCUAAUACGGAGUAUGCCUCCACAAAAUCAGUAUUUGUUGCUUUAUGUACUUGACCUUUUGUCGGUGUUCGCUCGCAAGUCGGAUAAGAAUCUCAUGACCGCUUCCAGCCUUGCCAUUAUUUUCCGACCUGGGAUAAUUAACCACCCCUCACACGAGCUUUCACAUAAAGAGCACGCUCUCAGUCAAGAAGUACUUGAGUUCCUCAUCGAACACCAAGAUUGGUUCAUGCUAGACGUACCUCCACCUCCACCUCCACCAAAGUCACCAUUAAAUCAAAAUAGCUCUAACUCGCAAGUACCUCAGGGAUUGUCGCCAAUAGCGGAUGAAGAUCGAAGUGGGUCACCGCAUCCGACGAUUGUUUCGAUGGUGUCGCCGAGUGAGAUUGGGUGGCGGUUAGUUGAGAAAGGUGGAAGUGGGGGGAGUAGUACGGAUCAUGGGCAAGGGCAAGCGAGUUCGCCGCCUAGGAGAAGGAUAAGUAAGAGUGGGAGGAGACGGAGUUCGAGUGCUGCGUCGUCUGGUGAAGCCGCAGCCGCAGCAACAGCAGGGUCUCACAUUCGAAUGGCAAGCGCUGAAUCUGCGACGACGUCUCCCGCUGGACAGAGCGGGACGGCAGCUGUAACUGUGUCACGGAGUCGAACGUUACCUACACGAACAGAACGAAGUAGUCGGAAAGAUAAAGACCUUACUCGGGAUCGUUCGACAACGACACGAGACAAACGACAUGAACAGGAUCGCGCUCGUGAGCAAGAGCAUAGACAUCGCGAGGGGCGAGAGCCAACGUCGACUUCUGGGUCGCGUGAGACUGGUGGGAAUGGGAGUGGUGGAAGGAAUGUGUUGAAGAAGCAGAAGAGGGCGAGUAUGCAGAAUCAGAAGAGCGCGACUAUGGCUGGGCUGCAUGUACCUACUGCGCCGAAGUCGGUGUUUGCAACUGGUGCAGCGUCGGGGUCGACGGGGUUAGAGCCGAAAUCGCCGGCGGCACAGGGAGGAGGGACGUCGUAGUCCCCGUCUCUCCUUUUGUACACCUCAUCUCUUUUGUUCUGGUUUAACUUCCUUUGCUUUCUUUGCUCAUUUAUCUCGGACUUGUAAGCCACCCACUUCCUACCAGCUAUUACCUAGUAUUAUCCUCCUCAGCUUUAUUUUAUUUUCUCUGGAAUGUCAUAUGUCAUAUGCUCUACAUAUUUUCCUCUUAUUGGGUCCAAGGUACACUUUUCUUCUGGUCAACUUAAUAACUAGCCUUUUACACUUGUCUCUAUCUGUAUCCUUUCUUUAUCCACUCAGCUGAUUCUAUAAUCCUGCUUCACGUCCACUUUCCUUUCAUCUGUUAUAUUAAUGAUUGCACGACAUGUUUGACUCCU